GCAACUUUCUGAGUAACUUCGCGCGAAGUUGAAAGAUGGUGAAGCACAACAACGUCAUCCCCAACGGCCACUUCCACAAGUACUGGGAGUCCCGAAUCAAGACUUGGUUCGACCAGGCUUCCAAGAAGAAGACCCGUCGCCUGAGACGUAAGGCUAAGGCCGCUGCCAUCGCCCCGCGUCCGGCCGCUGGUCUGCUGCGCCCCGCCGUGCACUGCCCCACGAUCAAGUACGGCUCGAAGGUCCGUGCCGGCAAGGGCUUCACGCUCGAGGAGCUGAAGGAGGCUGGCAUCAACCGCAAGCAGGCUCUGAGCAUCGGCAUCGCCGUGGACUUCCGCCGCACCAACAAGUCGGUGGAGUCGCUCCAGGCCAACGUGCACCGCCUCAAGGCCUACAAGGCCAAGCUCGUGGUGUUCCCGCGCAAGAGCAACAAGCCCAAGAACGGCGACUCGGCCGCCGAGGAGACCAAGAACGCCGUGCAGCACACGGGCCCGAUCCUCCCGAUCACGCGCUCGAGCGUCAAGUCGACCACGGCCGUCAUCACGCCCGAGAUGAAGGAGAAGAGCGUGUUCACGCAGCUGCGUGUGGCUCGCGCCGACAAGCGCAUCUUCGGCAAGCAGGCCAAGCGUCUGGCUGACAAGAAGGAGAAGAAGUAAGUGUCGUUCGCGUCGACAUUUACUGGCCAGCUCUCUUGAUCGACCUGUCUCGUUGUUGAGAGGGACGGCGCUCCCGAAAGUCUUUUGCGGAAAAUUGGAACACAAUACAUCGCGCAUCAAAAAAACUGCUUUGGCUCGGUGU